AUGAAUCUAUGUGCCAUAUUUUAUGACUUGAUGUUUGAAUAUGAUUAUCUACUUUCACAAUCCCGAGCUUCGACAUAUAUGAAACGCAUUCGAGUAUGUAUUGUCGGCGGUGGUGCCUCGGGUUUAGCAUGUGCUCGCGUCCUUGCCUUAGACGAGUAUCAUUGUGAACCAAUCGUUUUCGAACAAAAUUCAUAUAUUGGUGGCCAAUGGCACUACGAUCCUGAGGCAACGUCGAACACCUCCGCUAUGUAUAAAAAUUUACGAACUAAUAUACCAUGUAUGGCUAUGCAAUUCAGUGAUUUUCCAUUUCCCAACGAUCCGCCUGAGGCGUAUGUAGACGCGAAAACAGUAGAAGAUUAUCUAAUUGCUUAUGCAGAAAAACAUCAACUUCUUCAAUAUAUAUGUCUAAAUACUACGGUUAAUUCCAUCGACGAAACAUUUACUGUUACAUAUACAAUGAAGUUGAACUCCGCAAGUAAACUACCACCUCGUUCUGAACGACAGUUAUUAGAAAAAACCGACGAUUAUGCUGUUUAUACAGAAAAAUUCGACGCUAUAUGCGUAGCUAAUGGUCAUUAUUCGGAAAUCUAUCUUCCUGAUGAUAUCCCGGGCUUUCAUAGUCAUACCUUUCCAAUCAUUCAUUCUCGUUCAUAUCGUGAUCCCGAACAUUACCGCAAUUUCUGCGUUAUUGUAGUAGGUGCUAGCCAUUCUGGUGUUGACAUUUGCGGCGAAUUGAUGUCUUCCACAUUAGAUCUUCUACGACAAAGUGGUAAAUCUAUAUGUACAGAUUAUUUAUCAACUAAGUUUUGUAUUGUACCACCAAUUGAACGCAUCGAUCAAGACACAGUAUACUUCGAAAAUCAAGCAUCUAUUAAGCCGGAUUCGAUCAUCUUUGCAACUGGAUACGAAUAUCGUAUGCCAUUUUUGCAAGGCAAAUUACAAAUUGAUCAAACUCGACUAUUAGACAAUCACUAUGUCUAUCCGUUAUACAAGCAACUUUUUCAUGCCAAGUUUCCUGAUGGUACACUAUCAUUUCUGACCAUCCCGUAUCGAAUUGUACCAUUUCCAUUGGCAGAAGUACAAUCGCAUGUAGUGGCACGUGUUCUAUGCGGUUUGAUAUCAUUACCAUCAUCAGAGCAAAUGAUUGCCUAUAUUGAUAGUUUACCUCUACCACAAAAUCGAUUGUAUCAUUGUGUACAUGGUGUUGAAUAUGCUCGAGAUUUUCUUGAAAUGAUGAAAGAUAGUGAUAAACAUUUUAAUUACAGAUUUGUAAUGCCACAGUAUAGUUUUGACGAAAUACCCCAAAUUGAACCACGAUCUCGUGUAGCAAUCGUAACUGGUGCAAACGAAGGAAUCGGUAAAGUAACUGCACGCGAAUUAGCUCGAAAAGGUUGGCACGUAAUUCUCGCUUGUCGAAAUGCUGAAAAAGCACAAAAUGCAAUCAAUGAUAUUAAACAAGAGAUCAAAAUGCCCGAUGCACCAUUGGAAUUCCUUCCAUUGGAUCUUUCUUCGUUAAUAAGUGUUCGCAAAUUUGUGGAUGAAUUCCAUCAACGACAAUUACCUUUACAUCUUUUGGUCAAUAAUGCUGGAAUAUUCGGAUCGACUUUUCAAUUAUCCGAAUGCGGAGAAGAAAUACAGUUUACUACAAAUCAUUUGGGACACUUUCUUCUGACUAAUCUCUUGUUAGAUGAUUUACGAGCAUGUGUACCGUCACGGAUCGUUAUUGUCGCUAGUGGAUCACAUUUACAGGCAACAAAUAUUGAAUAUGAUGAUCAAAAACGUAAUCAGCCGUAUCCUACAUCAUCAUUUGGUACCUUUCGAGCAGUCUUACAGAAAUAUAGUCAGUCGAAAUUGGGCAAUGUAAUGAUGUGCACAGAACUUGUACAUCGGCUCGGUCCCGAGUCACGUGUUUAUUGUAACUGUUUACAUCCAGGUGUGAUCAAAUCUGCUAUUUGGCUGAACAAUAAAUGGUUAUCACGUUUAAUGAGACCAUUUAUGCGAACAGUUGAUAAUGGCGCUAUGACAACACUUUAUGCGGCGACUCAUCCGGAUAUCGAAACAAAGAACAUUCGCGGCACUUACUUCAUACCCAGCAAAACCUUGCCACCACCCUAUUGUCGACCGGUAACGGGCAAAGUUAAUCCCCUAGUGAACGACAGAGAACAAUGUCGGCGUCUGUGGGAAUUAAGUCAACGUUUAACAAAUUUAAAUUCAACAAUAUAA